GCAGGCGAAACGAGGACGACGACGACGACGACGACGAUGCAGCAGAUUCAUCACUCCCCAUUGCAGUCUCUCUCUUCAAUCUGAUGUCGUUUUUGCUCGCGUAGCAUUUCCAAGAAUGAGGUUCCUCCGAUCGAUCUCCCCGCACUUCGCCGUCGCCCGCCGCUCCCUCCGCCCCCUCAGCCGCGGGUUCUCCGCGGCCGCCGCGCCGCCGGCGGAGCAGUCGCCGCGGCCCCCUCCCUCCGGCCGCGUCUCCGCCCUCGUCGACGAGAUAGCCGCCCUCACGCUCCUCGAGGUCUCCGACCUCACCGAGGAGAUGCGCAAGAGGAUGGGCGUCGAGGAGAUGCCGGCCAUGGCGGUCAUGAUGCCCGGGAUGGGGUUCGCGGUGCGGGGCCCCGGGAGGGCGGGGGCCGGGGCCGGGGCGGCCGCGGCGGACGAGAAGAAGGCGGAGAAGACGGCGUUCGACCUGAAGCUGGAGGGCUUCGACGCCGCCGCGAAGAUCAAGGUGAUCAAGGAGGUGCGGGCGUGCACGGACCUGGGGCUGAAGGAGGCCAAGGACCUGGUGGAGAAGGCCCCGACGCUGUUGAAGAAGGGCGUGGCGAAGGAGGAGGCGGAGAAGAUCGUGGAGAAGAUGAAGGCAAUUGGUGCCAAAGUCAGUAUGGAGUGAGAUUUACUGAAGCAAGUGAAAAUGCAAUAGCAGCGGAACCGUGGGAGAUAUUUGGUGCAAGCGAUUCUAAACGAUACCAUUGGUGGCAACGUUAUUGCCAAGCUUGGAGAUUGCUGUUAUUUCCUCAUAACAUGGAGCUUUCCUUGUUCAAACAGCUUAAUUUUUUUAUGAGACUUGGAAAAAGUAGACGUUCAGCCUCUGUUGAGCUUUUUCAUACCCAUCAACCUCAAGUUUGUUUUGUGCUUAUAGAUCUGUACCCUGCUGUAGGACAAAGCAGACCAGGGAUCUAGCUUACUGACCUUGUUAUCACAUACCUGGUGGCUUCUUUCCACUGUUUGUGAGGUAACAUUGCCGCAUUCCUCAAAACAGUGGUUGCGAGGUCGAUGUAAGGAGCAUUGGAUGGAUUUUUCACUACUGGUGCCAGUUCAUAUGCCAUUUUCAGGAGGUUUUGUGAUCGCAACAAAUUGUUGUUCGUAUUUAGCAUAGUGUUCCCAUUCGAACAAGAAGUUACUGAGAGAAAUAAGUAAUUUUUUUUUUUUUA